AUGGGAAUCGCAGAGAAGAUUGCAGAUAUCGAACGCGAGAUCAACCGCACGCAGAAGAACAAGGCUACCGAGUACCACUUGGGUCUGCUCAAGGGCAAGCUCGCCAAAUACCGUGCCGAACUCAUUGAGGUCAAGAGCGGUGGGCCCAAAGGCGAGGGCUUCGAUGUGAAGCGCAGUGGCGAUGCCCGCGUAGCUCUGAUUGGCUUCCCAUCGGUAGGCAAAUCGACACUCCUCUCGACAGUCACCGAAACCGAGGCCGCAGUCAGCAGCGUCGACUUCACCACCCUGACGGCCACGCCUGGCCGGUGGGAGUACAAUGGCGCAACAAUCCAGCUCCUGGAUCUCCCUGGAAUCAUCGAAGGCGCUGCCCAGGGUCACGCACCGGCCGAUUUGGUUCUGAUGAUGCUGGAUGCGACGAAAUCUCACAUGCAGCGGCCACUGCUUGAGAAGGAGCUGGAGGCAGUCGGCAUCCGGCUGAACAAGCAUGUGCCAAACAUUUACUUCAAGGUGAAGACCGGCGGCGGGAUCAGCUAUAAUGCCAUCGCGAAGCAGUCAGUGCUGACAGAAAAGUUUGUCUACAACCUCCUGCACCAGUACCGGAUCUUCAAUGCCGAGGUUCUGGUGCGCGAGGACGUGAGUCUGGACGAUUUUAUCGAUGUGGUCGUCGGCAACCGCAUUUAUCUGCCAUGCCUGUACGCGUACAACAAGAUCGACGCCAUUACGAUCGAGGAGGUCGACAAGAUCGCACGCGAGGACCACACGGUCGUGGUUAGUAUCGAGCAGGACUUGAACAUGGAUUAUCUGAAGGCAGGGGCGACUGUCGAGGAGGCGUGCAAGGCAAUUCACAAGACGCUGCUGGAAGGGUUCAAAUAUGCGCUGGUGUGGGGCAACAACGACGAUGUCAUUGAGAUCGUGCGCAAGUAG